UAAAAAAAAGUAAUAUUUUCUUGAGUUUCUAGAGAAUUACCCAAUUUGAGUUUGCAAUGGUUUGCUGCUGCUGCUACACUUUUAACUUUCUCAGAUUAAGAGUAAAAAAACUUGGGCAUUCUUUUGAACACAUUUUGGUUUUCGUUGCCUUAGUUUGUGUUACUGCUGUUCAAUUUGUGGUGUUCAAAUGGAAAAUUGUGAUUUCGAUUUUAUUUUUUUGUAAUCCUGAAAAGCUUACUUUCUUCGAAACCUUCUCAUCAUGCAUGUAUUGGAAUUUUUUUGGGUAAAUUUCACUGUCUAAUUUGCAAAAUUCUUAAUUUCUCUUUGUGUUUUAGUGGUGUUGAGAUGAUUUUGGCAUCUAUUGAAGCAGUAGCGUCAAAUUCUUUAUUGCAUAUGGGUUAACUUUUCUUUUAUUAUUAUUCAGCAAUAAGAUAAAUUUUUGGGAAAUACGAGAAAAACCCAUCUUCCUGUAAUCCUCACUUUGCAUUUUCGUGAUCUUCAGUUUCGUUAUCUUUAGCUGCUAGUGCUCAGUAGUCGUAUUUCCCAAGAAAGAAAAAGGGUUUCUGCAUAAUCAAAUGAAAUUUUCUCUGGCUUGGUUUAUGGCAAUCCUAUGAAAAAGGGGUCUUACAAUAUUACUGCAACCCAUUUCUCUUCAAGCUCUUAUUCCAAGAAUGUGUAGACUUUUUACAGGUUCUUGAUUUUUUCUGAUAAGGACAUGUCACACUUUAUUAUAAUUCUGUAAGAGUUUUGCCGUUUUAUGUAGAUGAUUUUUGCAGCAAUUGUAGCUUUGAAUGAGAAAAACGGCUCCAAUAAGACUUCCAUUUCAAAGUAUAUUGCAUCAAAGUAUGGGAACUUGCCAACUGCCCAUACAACACUCCUCUCACACCACCUCAACAGAAUGAAGGGUACUGGGGAGUUGGUCUUUUGGAAAAACAACUACAAGAAAGCAGACGCCAAUGCACUUCUGAGGCGUGGCCGUGACAGGCCCCCAAAACACAAAGUUCCAUUGCCACCUGGAUCAGUCCUCACUCCUGCCAGACCUAGAGGCCGUCCAACGAAGGACCCAAAUGCAUCCCCAAAGCCAGUGAAGCCAAAGAUUGCAGUUGCAGGUAGUGGAAAGCCAAGUGGAAGGCCACGUAAGAUGGCACGGCCCACAGGCGGAAUGAGUGGAACUACUACAAGCACAGCACUGGCAAUGGCAACGGGAACUGGGAGGCCACGGGGUCGGCCCCCAAAGGUGAAGCCCGUUUCUGUUACUGAAGUGAGUGUUCAAAAUUAGGCCACCUAGAUCCUUCCAGUAGUGGAGUUUGUUGGAGUAUGCUGUUUGUAUGUGUUUGUAGAAUUGGGUGUUGGUUAGUGUUUGUAUGUGUUUUCUAUUAUUGAGCCUUACCUUUGACUGGAAAACACAUAAUUCUGUAUUUUUUUGGAAUUUAGAUGCAUAUUGUAGUUUCCCAGUUGGUGCAAA